AAACCUAUCCAAAGGAAAAGGAAGUUGUCAAAUUACGUUGCCGGUUCAGUAAAGUAUCAAGAAAAAAACGAGAGAUUUUUGAGUCGUUGACGUGUUUUUUUUCGUGAAACGUUUACUUGAUUGCAAAUGAAAUUUAAAGUCGUUCCAAAAGUUGCGAUUUCAAAGUAAUUUGUUCUAGAAAAUAUACCAUAUGGUUUCGAUAUCGUACUAAAAAUGUUGUUUUUUUGGAUGGGAAUGCCUAUGUUUUAUAAAUAUCUGGAUGCCAUGGUAUAAACUGUGAAUCAAUCAUUCAUUUUACUUUCGAUCGACUGACAAUUAAAAAAUUUUGCGAAGCAUUGCUAUUGUCAUGUAUUGAAGAUCAUGUUAUUUCAAUGCAUUAAUAAAUGCAUGUCUUCAAUUUUAGUUGAAAAGUUCAUUUUUAUCUAUUAAAGCGUUGAACAAUAAUUGAUUCAAAGGAAAAUGGAAGACAUAUUAGCUAAAAUUAUGAAAGAUGCAUCGGCUACAAAACAUGCAAAUAUAAAACAAUCAUGUCUUGAGUCACAAGAACUUUUAGCUAAUCAACAUGGUUUAAUGCGAUCACCACCUUUUGAAAUAAGAUGCAAAAUUCUAGAGACACUUCGUUUGGCUCUGGAAUCAAAGCAUGGAAAACUUGUUUCUCAUGCUUUAAAUGGUUUUCAGAGGAUGAUAUGGGAUAAAAGCUUUCAAUCUGUUUUUGAAAAUGAAAAAGAAGAAAAUUGGUUUCCUAUGCAAUUAUUAGUUGCUGUCGAAUCUUUUAACAGUCAGUCAGAUGAUGUACUUCUGGAAAUAUUGAAGAUACUUCUGAAUAUGACUAGUACAUAUGGACAAAGUCUUUCAUCUCGAUCAAUAAUAAUGCUGAUUUCUCUGUGUUAUGAUGCUUAUGUCAAUCAUGCUCAAGGAGUGAAAACUGCUGCUCAAGCAACUAUAAAUCAGACAUUAACUUCAUUUUGUAUCAUGCUACAGGAGACAGAUGCUGGAAUUGAGGAUCAGAGUGAUGAGUCUGAUGAAGAAGGUGGUUUCAAUUUGGUUGAAAGUGUUGUUGAAGAACUUUAUCCUGUUUUGCAUUUCACUUGUGAAAAAUUGAAAGAUAUUAAUCAAAAUCACACCAAAGGUGAUUAUUCUUUACUGCUGCAAUGCAUUUUAUCAAUACUGCAAAAUAUCAAAAUUGAUGUGUUUGAAAGUUCUCAGUUUAUCAAUUUUGUAUGGCAACAACUUUCCCCACUGUUAGUUACUUUAUUGGGUUCUCCUAAAACUGAUAAAAACAUUGUUUCUUCUCAUCAAAACUCUGAAAUGAAUGAAAUUGGAAGAGGAUCAGGAUGUUUAGCUGCAGCUCCUUCUUUACAGGGUGUUAAUGCAAAAACAAUUUACAGCAUUGCUAUUGAAUUAGUUCGUUUGACUGGCAGUGUUGGGUCAUUGCGUCCAGUUUUAGAAUCUCUGUUUCAUCGAAUGCUUUUAUAUCCUCCAGUUCAACACAGGCUUGAAGCAUUAAAAGCUGUUAAAGAGUUGUUUUCAAAGCCUGAAUUACUUCUUCAAUUAGCUGCUCCGCCAUUACAUGCAACCAGUGACAAAGACUGGAUAUCAUUGGAUUUAGAUCUUAUAAAAAUUGCAAUUGAUUCUCUUGGAGAAUGCUGCCAUAGUAGUAACAAUAGUGUAUGCUAUGCCAGUGUCAGUUGUACCUUGGCCCUUCUGAAAAGUUUAGAAGAUAUUAGUUGUGGAAAUAAAAUAAAGGAGGAACUUGUUGCUUGUAUCAAUUCCCAGUUCAGAACUCUUGAAAGUGCUGAUUAUAAGGGAGCAAAAUCUGAGAGAUGGCUGAAAACCAAACUAAGAUCAUUAAUUCUUGCCAAGGAAAAAAAAGACCUUCUGCGAGGUAAAUUAAAGGAAUCAGAAUCACAAAAAAGAGAUAUUGCUGAUGAAUCAACUUUAGAAAAAAUUAGUGAUGAAGUUGCUAUUCCUGAAUCUGAAAACUUAUCUGUUGAAGAAAAUGCUCCAGAACCUGCUAAGGAGAGUAAUUCUGAAAAUAUGGAAGUAGCAAAUUCUGAUAGGGAAACAACCCCAGAAUCUGAUAUGGAUUUACAAGUAGAUUUUGUUUCAAGGGAGAAUCAGUUAGCUACAAAUGAACUAGGUACACCUGAAAUAAUUAUUAGUGAAGAUUAUGAUAUGGAAAAUCAUGAAGCCAUUAUUUCUGAAAUGAAACAUAGUUCAAAUGGUGCUGAAUCUGUUGAAAAAUCGGAUAAUGUCCUGGAUGAUAAUUAUGAAAACUCGAUGCAAUAUGAUAAGGAGGGCAUGCAAGAGAAUACCUCAGACAAAUCUUGUAAACCUGAAACUGUUUUAAAAGAAAAUGGCUAUGAAGGAAGUUCGUCAAAAAAAUUACAUUUGGCAUCAGAAAAUGAUGAUGAUAUUAACAGCAAAUUUGACCUCCAACUGGACAUUCCCAAUAAAGAUUCUUCUACAGAUUCCCACCAGCUACAAGACAUUACAUCUCCUGUAACAGAAAGUGCAGAAGAAGCACUUAAUUAUGUGUCAUCUAGUUCAAGUGACGAUCUGAGUGAUGAUUUUGAUGCAUCUUUUGAUAAUCCCAUGGAAGAUCUUCUUGAUGAGGAUGACAGAUUAAAAAAAAUUCCACGAACUUUAUUAGGUCAUGAAGAUGCCGGCAAGGAAGAAAGAGAAAGAAUAGAAAGAUUAUGCCUUGCUAGAUUGGAAUUUGCUCAACAAGAACGCCAGAAUGCUCGUAAUUUUGUUAAUGUUUUGCAGUCUUUUCUGCCAGAUCUUCUUGCUAUACGCAGUUCCAUUGAAGCCGAUCAAGCGCUCCAAGAAUUUUCAUCCAAAUACUGUGAAGGUUUGUGGCAGUCACAACAAUCUAUUAAAGACAGUUCUGAUGAAAAAGAAUUUUCUUCUCACAUAACAAUAUUAAAUGCUGAUGGCAUCUAUUUGGCAUUGUAUUCUGCACUUUUAUUAAAUCUUAAACUCAUCCGCAAUGACUAUUAUAAGGAGUUCUCUGGUCAAGUACCUUUGACUGAACAACAAUUUAUUGAAGAAGUUCAUGGAAGUGGUGUUCUUGUGUAUCUGUCAGCUACUUGGCUUGCUGAGUUAUAUCAGCAAAUUUUGGCAAUAAAUUUGUUAGAAGAAGCUGGCUAUAAGCCUAAUUCACUUGAAAACUAUGCUCUUAUCAAUUUAUUAUCUGGUUUACUCCUUGGUAUUGAUGAUUGGUGUCAACAUAACAAUCUUUCAGAUGUAGAUGGCUUAGGAAAUUCCUUACCUGGUGCUCAACAAUUAGCAGAUUUUCGUCGACUGGAGAAAGCUGUUAUUAAUAAUCAGAGCUCUCCUAAUAUUGAAGCUGGCAGAAAGUUCAGUCGUAGAAUUUUAACAUGUUGCUGGGAUACAGUUCUGGAAGUUUUAUCAGUUUUACUUAAUGGAACAAAUUCAUGUGGUAUAUCAAGUACUGUUGGAUUUUUACUGGGAACAGAAGGGGCAAAAGAAGAGCAUAGGAAAACAAAAGAUGCUAUUGCAGAAAGUUUGGAUGGAUUACAAAGAGCUGCCAAACUUUGCAAUAAUUUAGGUCUCCAAUCUUGCUGCAGUGCUGUAUUUGCCCAGCUUGCUGGAGCAUCAUGUCCUCUCUCUGAGGAUGCCAUCUUCCCACAAAUACCUGCUAAGUUUGAAAAUCGAAAUUUCAAGAAAUCUCUACUUUCUGGACGUAGCAAGGCUUUACGUUUGCAUGCUUCACAGAUCUUAAGUAUGGAUGUUAUAUUGAGCAAAGGUCUUGAAUUAGGUAGUCACAGUCCAGAUUGUUGGAAAUAUGUUUUUCAAUGCUGCUUGUUUGUUUUGCAACUAGAAAAUAUGUAUUUCAGCGGGCAUGGUAAUACUCAAUCUGUUACUUCUCGCUCUGCUCAUCAUACUCAAAAUCAAUCUACCUAUAGUGAAUCCCACCUGACGUCAUUGGAUUCUGAUAGUUAUGAAUAUUUAUCAAUGCCUGGUUCCACCGUUCCUCCAAAACUUGAAAUCAAAGAAAUUAUAAAAGAAAAUCAUAACUUUGCAAACACGUCUGAUGUAAUUAAGGAUCAUCAACUACUAAAUUCUAUUGAAGUUCUUUCUCAGCAACUAGACAGGUUAUUUGAAGAAGCUGCCAGUAGAUUGAAUCUCCAUGCCUUAAUAACUUUCCUGGUUGAGUUAUGUGCUGCCAGUCAGACACAACUCUUUACACAGAGUUACACUCGAUUUUCAUGUACCAAUAGUCAUGGUACCAACUUGCUUCUUUAUCAUUUGGGUGAUGUCAUGUUGCGAUGUGCUAGAGGAGGAAGACCACUGAUACAUGUCAUGAAGGCAUGGAGUGUUGUUGCUCCACAUUUUGUUGAGGCAGCCUGCCAUAAAGACAGUCUAAUAGCCAAGAAAGGUGUAUCAACAAUUCACGAUAUUGUUAGUGCACUUCUAUCAUCAAAUUCAGAGCUUCCACAUUUUCAUUUUAAUGAAGCACUUUUUAAACCAUUUGAAAAUCUCCUGUGUUUAGAACUAUGCGAUAUAGAUGUUCAAGAACAGAUAGUUAGUUCAAUAUGUGAAUUUGUUGAGGGUUGUACUGCUGAAAUUCAUUCUGGUUGGAGACCUUUAUUUGGAGCAUUACGAACUGUUCAAGUACCAAGUAUAUCUAAUCAUUAUGCUGAAACUGAUAUGGAGCGAGAGCAUUUGCAUCACUUGAGGGUUGUCCUUGAUGUUUUUGAAGCAUUUCUCUCUACAGACAAUGUUUUUGUAUUUGCUUAUGCAGCUGUAGAUUGUCUUCUAUGUCUUCUGAAGCAUGUUAAAGGCCCUACUGAACUUCAAGACAUAUCUGAUAUCUCCUGUGAUUCUGUGGACAAACCAAGAGUGCCUCUAGACAUGUGCUUAGCAGCUUUGAAAUAUCUAGAAAAGUGUUUUGAUAUUUUGUCUACUAUGUACAAGAUACCUACAUGUCCUGUGUUUAACUCUGCUCAUAGGAUUCAAGUGUAUUCUGUUCCUGAUCUUGUUGAUCCUGUCAUACCAGGAAUUCAGAUAGUUUAUUUUGAAGACCCUGAUUCAGUUUCUAGUGACUCUGGAAGAAUGUCUUCUUUAAGAAUUGAAGAUAUUGAAGAGAUAAAAGAUAUAAAUAAUAUUUCAAGAAUCGAUGAUGUUUCUGUUACACUUCAAAGCCUUGAAAAACAUACAGGAAUAAUUCAUGUUUGGUUUUUACUCCUGGAAGGAUUAGCUGGCACUUUAGCUACAUGCCCAAAACAGUAUCAAUCAGCAACCAUGGAAGCACUCUUCAAUAUGCUAAGAAAUCUUAAAGAGGUCCCUGGUCCUGAAUUUGGAAUUUAUUGUGUGAAUCACCUUCUUUUACCUAUGCUUCAGAAUUGGCUAAGAAGAACCACCAAAUUUUAUCAAGUCUGGGAUAAUUUUGCUACAAAUUUUAAACAGUGCUGUGGUUUAGCUACAGAUUUGGUUGUAGAUUACAUUCAAUAUGUUUCAGAUACUUCACCUUCCAAACUGUCCAGAGGGAUUGGUGUCAAUUUGAUGUUAGAACAGUUGUUUUUGGUGCUAACAGAAUGUGUUGCACAGCCUAUGGAAAUCAUAUCCCGCCUUGGAUGUGCAUGUAUAAGACAUACAGUCGUGACAGCUGGAGAAUGCCUGACUGAUGAAAUGUGGGAAAUUGUUUGUUGCAAUUUGAGAAGAGCAUGCCGAGUUAGUUUAUAUAGUGUGAAGCAAUUAAUGGUCUGCUUCCAUAUAGAAUCAGAUAACUUUUAUGGUGAUAUAGGAGAAGUGAAGGUUGCUGCUAGAAGAGAUUGUACUGUACAAGAAUCUGAAAGAUUAAGACAACUUGCUCAUCAAGUUUUUCUUCUUGAUUGUCAGCAAGAAAAUAAUCUUAUCUUGAAAUCUACAUGUAUGGAAGAUGAUGAAAGAUCUUUUACAUUUUUACUUUUUCCUCCAAACCAUGGUCCAGAUGAUCCGGAUACAUCAGUUCUUCGAGUUCCAUUUCGAAGUCUUGUAGUAAGUUUGUUAUCACACCAAAUUCUUCUUCAAACACUGGGCUCCAUACUUCUUCAAGGGACCAAAUAUAUGCUUCCUACUCUUAUGACAUUGUUACCCUCAGAAAAUUCAACAUCUUCAAAUGGAAAUAAGAAGCCAGGAUUUCUUUCAAGAUUAUCAAACAAACAACUAUGCAUAUUAUUUAAAUGCCUUGAGGAAUCUUACAAAACAGCCUGCGAGUUUGAUGUGAGGCCUGGUCUGAAAUUUCUCAUCCAGAAAGUAGCACAAACAAACGUUGCUGCUAAUUUAUAUAAACAGGCUGGUGUUAGUUGGACUAUCCAUAUGGUUACGAUAUUUGAAUUGUGUAUGUCAUCUGCAGAUUUAAGUUUAGAAUUUGUAAAGAAUAAUUUAUUGAAUGAAGGGAAGGAUUCACCAGAAUCACCAAAAAAAAAUCUUGAGGAAAAAUCCGGGAAUGAAUCUACAUCCGCCAACUCAAAUAUUGAUGAAUUUUUAAUGCUCCGAAACAAGUUCAAGGACAUCUGUGAAACAUACACUGAGCAUACCAUUGAUAAACAGGGCCUACCUAAUAUAGUUGACCGAAUGAGCGAUCAGCCUAUUUUCUUUCUAGCAGCUCCAGCUGAUGACAUGAAUGAUUUCUUAUUUCCUUCAAAACAGAAUGAAUCGCAAAAUCAUCAAAACGAGAGCAGCUUAGAAAUGUCAUCAUCACAACCAUGUUAUGAUAGUUCAGAUUCUGAGGAUUUACCUAAUGUGAAAAAUGAAGAUUCAAAAGAUAAAAUAUAUACUUUAGCUACAGAAAACACCAUCAAUUCACUCAUUUCUGAAUACAAGAAGCGUAAAAAUCAGCAUUCGAUGCCUUCUAAACUGACUGAAAGGGUGUCAAAGAAAUUGAGUUCUAGCAGCAAGCAAAAGUCAUCUGAUGAUUUAGUGCCAGAAGAUAUUAUUAAUCAGAGAAGGAAUUCCAUAAUGAAGGAUGGUGAAGCACAGCUACAAGUAUUCAAGCAACUUAUACAGUCUUUUUUGGACUUGCACCAAUCCCUCCCGGAUGACCAUUUUAAAGCAUUUCUACCAGUUUUCUUUCCUGGUGUGCAAUUCUUGGUGGCUUACACAACUGAUGGUGAACUUAGAAUUGCAUUAUCAGAAUGGUUACAAAGAUUAGCUAUGUGCUGUGAUUUUUAUGUAGACCCGAGAACAGUGAAGUAAAAUUUUCUCUUAAGUCAUUUAAGUGUUCAUAAACUGGAUACCUGGAAUUCAUCAUCAAAUUGAAAAAUUGCUUGAUUGAGAGAAAGUUUUUGAAAAUUAAAUAUUCUUGAUGUUUCCUUUAGAUUAUCAUCUAAUAUAGAUUUGUAUGUUACACUAAAUGAUAUUUUAUUAUAAGUACAAAUAUAUAUGAAAAAAAUUAUGUGCAAAUUAUUCUGUAUGUAUUUCGUAGUUAAAUUUGUAUUAUCUUUCAAAAGUGUUAUUUUGA